AUGACAACUGUCAGAGUCACAAGAGCAGCCAAAGCUGCAGCCGAAGCAGCAUCGCUUGCAGUAUCGAGCGCUUCACCCACCAGCCUGCCAGCCAAGUCCAAGCCCAAGCCUAAAACCACGAAAUCAUCCCAGCCCAAAUCAAGAGCACGAAAAGCAGCUCCAAAGCCAGUCGCAGCACCCGAAGCCCAGACUCUCAGCUUCCCAUCAGCCUCCCACUUCGACGCCUGGCUCCUCCAAAACUCCUCAACCCCCUCCGGGAUCUGGCUGCGCUUCAGCAAAAAGGCCAUCCUCGCCUCAGUCCCCUCCGUCAGCUACCUAGAAGCCGUCGACGUCUCCCUCUGCCACGGCUGGAUCGACGGCCAGCGCAAGGCCCUUGACGAAAAGUUCUACCUGCAGCGAUUCACGCCUCGCCGCCGCCGGAGUCUUUGGUCUCAGCGCAACGUCCAGCGCGUCGAGAUGCUAACGGUAGAAGGGAGGAUGAAGCCCGCGGGGAUGGCAGAGGUGGAUGCCGCAAAGGGGGACGGGCGGUGGGAGAAGGCGUACGCUGGACCGGCGACUAUGGAGGUUCCUGAAGACUUUGCGAAUGCGCUGGAAGAGAAUGCGAUUGCAAAGACGGCGUUUGAAGGACUGAGCCGGGCAGAUAGAUAUCCGUUUCUUUGGAGUAUCACGACAGUCAAAAGGGCAGAAACAAGGGAGAGGAAGAUUAGAGAGUUUGUGAGCCUUUUGGCCUCAGGACAAGUGUAGUGUAUAAAAUGAACCUACAUCAGCGAUUGAUAGUAGAGUAUCGGCCGUAAAAAAGCAGGCUGCUACAUGAGCCCGUGGUAUUCAAAUCUAAAUCUGUGCAUGUGUUCCCAUACUGAAUGUCCCAGAUCAAUAAUCCAAAGCCGUCCAAUUGUUAAAGUCAUUUCCUCAUAAAAGCGAUCAGUGCUAGUAACCCCCGGAAUCAUCCGAUUCAUCUGCAUAGCCGUCAAUAAGACCAUUACCAUAGGUUUCCUCAUCCUCAUCAUCGUCCUCCUCAUCCUCGUCAUCAUUGCU